AUGGCUUCAACGUCACCAUGGGAGGUAUCAUUAAUACUUUACAUAUUAGGUUCUGCUGUUAAAUGGCCUUUCAGGAACGAAAAACAAACGGCCCAUCGCGACAAAUCUAAAUGGUGCGAGUUUCAUGGAGACCAUGGACAUCAUACCGACGAAUGCGUCGCCUUGAGGCGAGAGGUGUCCCACCUGCUGAAACAAGGAUAUCUUAAGGACCUGUUGACGGAGAAAGGGAAGCAGACGGUGUCAAAAAAUAACGACCGACGUCAACCGCCGUCAUCACCGCCUCAUGUCAAGGUAAUUAACGUUAUUAGCGGUGGUUCAGAUAUUUGUGGACUAACAUAUUCUGCAGCUAAACGACAUGCACGAGAUGGCCCAAAUCAAGACGCCGUCCCAAAGGAGCUCCGUCACCCCCGUGACGCAGAGUUGGAGGCUAUGCCAAUCACUUUCGACGACGCCGAUCUUGGCGACGACAGAGACAUACAUCACGACGGUCUGGUAAUAUCUCUAACUGUCAGUAAUUGCUUGCUUAAACGUGUGUUAGUGGACAAUGGUUGUUCAGCAAACAUCUUGAUGAGAGGCGCUCCUGAAAACAUGGGAAUAGAUGAACGUGACGUCAUUCGAAAAUCCACUGUCCUUGUGGGAUUCAGUGGGGAAUCAAAGCAUACUAUGGGAGAAGUGACCCUGCCGACCUUCGCCAAGGGAGUUAACAUGCCAACUAAAUUUUAUGUCAUUGACUGCCCUUCCUCUUAUAAUGUGAUUUUAGGCAGGCCAUGGAUCCAUAGCAUGAAGGCUGUCCCCUCAUCGUUCCAGCAAUCUUUAAAGUUCCCCACAAAAUGGGGAGUGCAAGAGAUUAAAGGGGACAGACGAAUCGCCAGAGAAUGUUACAAGACGUCUCUCAAACCCAGGAAAGCUGAAGCAUAG